CAGUGAUUGAUGAGAAAUUACCAUCUGGAUUUUUUAAAUGUAGAAUAUUUAAACUUGAUUUACAAAGUGAUUUAUAUACACAACUGAUUCUGUCUAAAAUUUUCUUGAUACCAAAGAUUAAUGAAAUAAAAGUCUGUGCCGAUUGAAAGUCCAUGCCAAAAGUUUUCAACCAUCAUGAUUUGGGCAAGAGCUGUAUGGAUCAAAAUUAUGAGGAAAUAGAAGAUGUUGUGCCAAGAAGGUGGAUAAAUACAGAAAAAAAAAUAUUAUUUUGGCCUUCUGGUAUAUUUUAUCGUAGAGCUGUCAAUGAUGAAAUGGAUGCAGAUGAAACAUGGGACAAAUAUAAACUUAUCAAAAUCAAAUUUGAGAGUGAUAAUAUAAAUGAGCUAAAAGAAUAUGUUUACACAACAGCAGCAGAGGAGGAGGAUGAAAUAGAUCAUUGUUUUACGAGUUCCAAAGGCGCAUUUAAAGUGAAAAGUAAUGUUUAUGAGUUACCAGAUUUUUUGUUGCAUCCACCAGUUUUGCAAUCCAUACCAACAAAAUCAUUAAAGAGAUCAUUUGAUUUUAAUUUGUCACCUGGAUCUAAUAUUUUAAAACAAUCAAGUAUUUGUUCUGCUUUGCCUCACUCUUUACCUUUACAUACAGAGGAACAAUCAACUUCGUAUUCUGAGUCACUGUCUUUGCCUAACUUCUUUCAACCUUCAGAAUCAACUGAAAAGGAACAAUCAAAUUUUUUUACAGUUUCACCUCAUACUCAAGAGUUCAAAAAAAAGAAAACAAAAGAAGAAGUACAAAAAAAAACUACGAUUGAAGCCCUUGGACCAGAAAAGUUAGUUAAAAAUCAGUUUCCUAUGGAAGUUGGAAAAUACCAGCAUAUGAUGUUCAAGAUGGUAUCAAAAAUUCUUGAAAACCAGGAGCUUAUUAUUGCGGUUAAACAACUGAGUUUUUUAGGCGCAGAAGAUUAUAAACAGCUGACAAGAUUGGUUAUUAAUAGAUUAUUUACAAACACUCUAUUGGCACAGUUUAAUUUAAAAGGUUCUGGUGGAAAAAUUGGUUUGUUAUCAACGAAGAUAUAUGAUGUAAUAGAAGAACCCCAACCAAUGAUGAAAGAAAUUACUUACAAAGGACUCUGCUAAGUCUUGAAACAAUGCUGAUGGAAAAAAUCGAUAACAACUUUUUUUUUUUAAGGUGACCUCAAAACUAAUACAAAAUGUCGUGAAAACGAAUAAUGUUCACUCUAAAAUGCCUUAAAGACUUGGAACAAACAUAAUCAGCUGCUUUUAACAUAAAAAACGCUUUUUGAAAAAAAUCAACUCAAUGCUACCUUUAGUCUACCUGCCUGAAUAAAAAAUAUGUUUGCGCUCACUAGUUACUUUCGUUGCUCUAAGUUAGAUCCGCUUUAGUCUUUUAAUUUCGUAUUUGAGAUGAGAUGACUGCGCAUGGAAAGCGAAUUUUAAGUGUCGUCUAACGUAAGUAGUUUAAUGUAAUUUUUAAAGAAGCAUGUAUCUGAGGUCUUUGAGGUCCUGUCAUAUAAAGAGACGAGGCUGGAACAGCAAGUUCAAUGAAUUUACAAAUAUCACAAGAUAUCAUAAGUUGACAGUUUUUAACACUGUAAUAUAUAUUUUUAUAUGUAUAUAUUAUUUAACAAUAUAAUCUAU